AUGGAACAAGAAGGUACAUCUGGAGCACAAGCAGUGCCCGGGGCCCCUCUACAACAAAUCUCACAGGAUCGCUUCAAUCAAUUACGGCCAUGGCAAUCGCCGUCUAUGCCAGCUCACCAGGACGAAAAACCCGAGUCACCAUCUCGCCAUGAAUCCGAACUUGGUGUUGUGACAGAUAUUAGGUCAAAAAUUGCUUUUUUCUCAAACAACCAACAUGGCAGUAUCAAUACGAAUAGCUUCGCGAUUGCCGCCUCGCCAACACGAAGUCCGAUUCGAUCAGCCUUCAAUUCUCCAAUAAAAGCUCACAGCAGGGCCAACAGCACCUUCUCAGCCCCGAGUGAUCCCUCAGACCUCAUGGAAAUGGUCCAUGCAUUACAGGCACAACUCGAGCAAUCACGUAACCGAGAACGUUUAGUAGCAGAAAGAGUGGAAUCGCUAAUGGAACAGCUACAGAAUGCGCAUUCUAGGACGAGGCACGAACACAAGGAAAGCGAGAAAGAGGUCAAGGCCAUGAAAAAGCAAGUCCACAAAGCUGAGCUAGCACUUAUCAAGUGCCAGCAAGAGCUGCACGAAGCGCGUAAUGAGCAGGAGGCUUUCAAGGUUCGAGCCGAGCAUGAGAGACAGGCAAAAGACAAGUCGAGACAAGAAGCGUUCGAACGAGCAAGGACUCUCGCAAGCAAUCUCGAAGAGUUGGAAGUUGUGAAGCGAGAGCGAGACCUUUUGCUUAGUGAAACCCAAAGUCUAAAGGUCAUACAGACAAUGAUGGAAGAUCUUGAAGCACAGAAAGAGAUUAGACCCGAGGUCAGAGAAGUGGGUGUGCAGGUAGAGCUUCAAGAAACUCCUACAAGUGAGCAAGUACAACCAGAGCCCAGCUGUUCAAGGUGCACAGGACUGGCGAAUUUGGAGUCCGCACUCCACAACGAGGUGAUUGAAGAGCUGAAAGAUGAGCUUGGAUGGGUCAGAAGUCAGCUCGAACGAGAACAAGAUCUUGUACAUUUCAUGAAUAUGCAAUGUCAGUUCAAGUCCUGUCCUUGCCGUAUGGCUGAAACAGCUGGUACGAGAUUUGUGCACGACUAUGUCUAUGACCAGAGACAGCAGCAGCUCGCGUUGUUGAAAGGGGUGAAGAGAAAGGCUGAGGAUGAGCUUCCGCUGCCACGAUACAUCACUUUUAGAGAAAGCCUGGAACAGAAAAAUCGGCAAAGGGAGAUCCCUACAUCUGAAGUGCCUAUCGAGACCCAGGUCCCAGAAAUUACGCAGAACCAGGAUUGUCCGACAGUGGCCGAGAACACCGCCGAGCAAGAGACCGAUCUGGAUGACGAGGUGAAUGGAGAAUUCCUGGAAGAGCCAGAAGUGGAAGAGCUUACACUUCGAGCUAUGCCUUUGCCAUCUCCUGAGCAGCAGAGCGAGGGUGUAUCUUUAGGGGAAGCAGCUGCGAUACUAUUACCAUCCCCACGCAGUGACGAUUUGGAGCCAACGGUCUCACUCGAGGAUAUGACUCAAGUCAUGGUUGAGCCAGAAGGAUCAGCUACAUCAAAUCACUUUGCCUUUUCGACAUCAACCUCGAGCAGACGACCAGCCGAGCCAGAAACGCCAGUCCUGCGACAGUCCCACAGCGCCGUUUCGGUCGAUACCAAUGACGAUCUAUUCGACAUCCGACCUCCAAGAUACCUUCCACCACGACCAUCGACCGUUAUAGGCGUUCGAACAAUCGCGUCUCCGAUACGGAUGGUACCUCCUUCCCCCAAUCAUCAUCAAUCAUUGACCCCAGCUUCUUCGCCUCCACGAUCUCGAACAAUGCAAAUUCCGCUGAAGGACUCACCGUUGAGAAACACCAUUACUCAACGCAGAUCACGGUCUCGUCCACGUGAGCAAUCAAGACCUCGCUCGCCAACACCUGGACCGAUCACUAACGAACCAAACUCCCCAGCGACGAACACCUGGCCAGUCACUCCCAAGCAGAAGUCGGAUCGGCAGCAUCGUACACACUCUCAGAUCGACUUGAAUCCUCAGCUACAAGCAUUGCACGUGCAGUCCCAAUCGGAAACCACUACGACGAGGGUGCCUCUACGUGAUACCGAGGAGGAUAGGUCCAGGACGGCAAAGACAAUCUCGAACCAUGCACACACUCAAUCACUGUAUAUUGAGACCAAUCCACGAGGACGCCAACCCCUACAUGAGAGUGAUCCGAACACUCAUUCGCAAUCCAUUAUGCUGCCUGGUACUCCGAUAUCUCGCGAAGCAGCUCUAGCGCAAAUCAGAGCAAGGAGAGAUCGAGCACGAAGCGUUGCCAUGCGCAAGCAGGUCGAUGAAGAAAGUGUUCCGGUCAAGACCCCUAAAAGUGUAGCCAGAAGAGGCGUGAUGCUGAGCCGAGAAGCAAUGGGAAGAGAUAUUUCUAAUCUCAGCCAGGCUAGUGCACCAGCUAGAUUCUAG